AUGCAAAACACUGUCGUUCAAGACUCGGCCUCAACUCCGGUUGGGUCAGCCCCUCUAUCCUUUACCCAAGGCGAACGAAUCAAGUCCAGCUAUCCCACCGUUACGGCCGCAUUCUAUCAUCAUGCAGAGACUCAUCCUGAUGUCACCGCAGGGCGUGACUUGUCGUCGCAGCAGAUUCGUGAGAUUACCUACGGUGAUCUUGCUACUCGAGCCAACCAGCUCUCAAGGAAGCUGACCACACUCGGGGUCAAGCCUGGAGACAGGGUGCCGCUUGUCGUAAAGCGAGGCAUCGAUAUGCUAGUCGGUAUUGUUGCGAUUCUUUCUUGCGGUGCUCAGUACGUUCCACUCGACGGCGGUGUGGUGCCAGACUCAACACUGCGGUUCGUUCUCGAACAGGCGGGCGGCAAACACGUCUUAUGUCUCAAAUCAACAAAGCACCGAUUCGAGACCCUGGGUGUUCCCUCCCAGACCUUUGUCAUUGAUGAAGAUUUGGAGAAAGAUAAGGAAGUUUCGCAAUCCUACCCCCUCCAAGACCUAGCCAAGCCAGACCAUGGCUGCUACGUCAUCUACACUUCGGGAACUACGGGAACUCCCAAAGGAGUGGAUGUCACCCAUAAAAAUGUGACUAACCUCGUAUGCCUCUCACCUGGUGGCCUGGGUAUCUCACCUGGGACGCGGGUGAGUCAGGUGUUGAACAUCAGCUUUGAUAUGGCUGCCUGGGAGAUGCUGGGAUGUCUUUGUAACGGAGGAACUCUUAUCUUGAGAGGUUCAAAAUGGGAGCCGUGCCUGAGAGAGGCUCAAGUCUUGAUUUGCACACCAAGUAUCUUGGCCAAAUAUGACCCUCAGGAGUACUCCAACAUCAGAGUUGCUGCGACAGCAGGUGAACCUAGCUCUCAGAGGCUCGCUGACCUUUGGGCCACCCAUGCGACCUAUUACAACUGCUGCGGGCCUACGGAGACCACCAUUGUCAACACUAUGCACCUUCACCGUCCCGGUGAAGCUUUGACGAUUGGAAAGCCUACCCCUAACAACACUGUUUAUGUCCUUGACUCGCAGGGCAACUCUCUCGGUGUUGGAGAGGCCGGAGUUAUGUGGGCCGGUGGCCACGGAAUCUCUAGGGGUUACGUGUCUCUGCCUGAGAAGACUGCCGAGAAAUACAAGCUGGAUCCCUUUGCCAAUGACGGCUCGAUGAUGUACGACACUGGUGACCUCGGCCGUUGGAGAUCAGACGGCUCCAUCGAUAUCCUUGGAAGAGUUGAUGAUCAAAUCAAGAUCAAAGGAUUCCGGGUCGAACUUGACGGAGUUACCUCUUCGAUCAGCUCCUGUCCCAUCGUGUCAAAGGCCACCGCCUUGUUCAUCAGCAAUGAGAUCCAUGGAUUCGUCGCACCCAAAGACUGCGAUCUCGACGCAAUCCAAGUGCAUGUCAGGGCUCGCCAGCCUUACUACGCGAUACCCACCAAGUUUCACUUCCUUGAUGCCCUUCCUCUGACCGCCAAUGGUAAAGUCGACAAGCGGGCGCUCCAGGACAUGGUCACUGAGUCUGGCGAUACCGACAAGAAGGAAGUCGCCGAUGUCACCAUCAGAGAGACGGCCUCAAAGGAGUCCUUGUCCACGGAUAGCAACUCCACCACCACAGAUCUCAAGGCCGCGUCCUCCGCCUCCAGCUUUACCGAAGUGGACGAGAAGCUCGACCUCACCGGUGACGUCCCCGACAAGAAUCUCGGCCGUCCCUACCGUGGCUUCGUCCACCGUAUCGCCAUUGUCUACCGCCGUCUCUUCACCAUCGUGGGCCUCUUCAACGUUGCGGCCGUCAUCGCCCUCGUCUUUGCCGGGUUCCAGCGUAACUGGCUCAGCACUCUCACAGCCAUCAACCUGGUCGUCGCCGUUCUCGCCCGUCAGGACUUCGUCAUCAACACGCUUUAUACAAUCACUUGCAACGUGCCAAAGUCUUGGCCCCUUGCCAUCAGGAAGCGCUGCGCUAAGAUCUUCCACUUUGGCGGUGUUCACUCGGGCGCUGCUGUUUCUGCCGGGGCUUGGCUUUUGGCAUCCAACAUUAGCGACGAGGUCUGCCAGCUUACCGAGUGCCCCAACUGGGGCCACCAGUCCGUCGCUUCAAAGGUCGUGUCUUGGCUUCUUACGGGUCUGUUCACCAUCACCAUUGGUCUCGCCUGGCCUGGGUUCCGUAAAACCCAUCACGAUCUCUUCGAAAAGACUCAUCGUUUCGUUGGAUGGACUAUGCUGGGCCUUUUCUGGGUCCAGGUUGUUCUCGGCGCCAACGACAGCAAGGUCGAAGACAUGUCUCUGGGUGCCGCAUGCAUUCGAACGCCCGGAUUCUGGAUGCUCGCGGUCGCUACAAUGAGCAUUGCCUCUUCCUGGCUGUUCCUCAGGAAAGUCCCCGUCGAAGCCGAAGUUCUUUCCGACCACGCCGUCAGACUGCACUUUGACUACACGGUUCCUGUCAACGGCAGCUUCGUCAGGCUCUCUCAGAGACCUCUUCUGGAGUGGCACUCGUUCGCCACGAUUCCGGCCCCUGAGAAGGUCGACCAUCGCGAGAAGGGAUUCUCUCUGGUGGUGUCUAAUGCCGGCGAUUGGACCAAGAACUGCAUUCAGAAGCCUCCCACCCAUAUUUGGGUUCGCGGCGUCCCAACCUGUGGUGUCAUGCGCAUUGCAACUUGCUUCAAUCGGAUCGUUGUCAUCGCUACUGGCUCGGGUAUCGGGCCUCUGCUUGGUCAUAUCCAGCAGCAGAGCUGUGCGACACAGUUGAUCUGGUCUACCCCAAAGCCCGAACAGACUUUCGGCAAGCCUUUGCUCGAUGCUAUAAAGAGGAAGAUUCCCAACGCUGUGGUUCACGAUACCAAGGUUUCGGGCCGCCCGGAUCUGGUGAAGAUGGGAUAUAACCUCGUCCAGAGCUUCAACGCCGAAGCUGUCAUCAUCAUCGCGAACGAAAAGAUUACGAAGAAGGUCGUCUACGGUCUUGAAACUAGAGGUGUCCCAGCAUAUGGCGCUAUUUGGGACUCUUGAACAAUUUAAUGAGUUAUUGAGAGCUUUGUGUGGGAUGAUUUCUUUGC